CUACGUUUAUCUUACUGAAUGGAUGUUUCGAACUUUUGGCUGGAGAUAUGGUUACCUCGUACUUGCUGGUAUUUUCCUUUUUUCUGUGUUGCUUCCUCUUGGAUGGUUUGAAAACCCUGAAUGUCGAGCAGGACCAGAAGAAGAUGACAAAAAGGACAAUGUUUUUGGGAGUGGCCAGCAAGUUUUCAUUCAGACGAUAUGGUUUCUUUGCAAUGUUGCAAACGGAGUAGGACAUGUUAAUUCGACUGGAAUUUUGAUGAAGCACUUAGAAGACCUGGGUUUACCGUCUUAUAUCGCUGUUCGGUUCAUGGCUACAGAGGGAGUUUGCAAUUUCCUAAGUCGUUUAGCUAUGACCCUGAUCGGUGACCGUGUGAAGGGACAUAUAUUACAGAUACACGCAGUUUUGGCGUUAAUCUUGUCAGCAAACAUGGUUCUGGGAUAUGCUGCCACCACACCUACAGCAUUUAUACCGUAUAGUAUAGUUCUAGGUUUAAGCCAGGGUCCAUUUUUCUCUGCUAUGUAUGCAUCAUGUGGAGAAGUAAUGUCUGGACAAAACGUACACGACAUAUAUAUAGUAUGUGAUGUUGCAUUAUACGUCGGAAUGGCCACAGCACCAUAUCUCUCAGGUGCUAUAUACGACUGGCAGAAGUCCUACUCAUUGGUAUUUGUGAUAUUAGCGGUUGGGUAUUUUAUAUGUGGUCUCACCUUGUUCAUUAUUGUAGGGAUGAAUAAAUUUUCGGCGAAGACAAAACAUUCUGAGAUUAUUCCUGUGCAGAGGUAAAUGCGAG